CCCUGUCAGUCUGUCAGCGAUGUGAGAAGCCUGAGAAGCCCCCGCCAACCUGCCCCUUCUGGAGAAUGGGGGCUGCAUUUCAGUGAGACAGCGUAUCCUACAUGUCAAGAAGAUGGAGACCAGAAAGUGGAGAUCGGUACGGACCAAUGAGUUAAUUACAUCGACUAAGAAAAGAAAAAAGACUGAGUAAAUAAAGGAGCAGAUUAUCUCCAUUAUCUCCUGUCCUUGUCCUUCUAUCAGUGGGGAGGAGAUGACUGUGUAAGGAGGAGUCGGGGUCUUGGAUAAAUAGGAAAGGGAUUGCAGCCCAUGACAUCCACUGACUCCAUCUCCAGCCGCCAUGAUCUUCAUCCUCGGCCUGUUCCUGCUGAGUGUCUCCGCUGUUACUGCAGAAUGGCAAUGUUCUAUUAUACCUGGAAAACUAAAACAGAUAGAUGCCGGUUCAGGUCAAGUGUAUGGAGUGAAUGAUAAUGGAGACGUCUUCCAAAUGGUCGAAAAAGGCUGGCAGCAACUCCCUGGACAGCUCCUCCAUGUGUCAGUGGGACCAGCUGGGCUCUGGGGAGUGAGUAGUUCGAAUAUUGUCUUAAAGUUUCAAGACAACAAAUGGAAAUCGGUAACAGGACUCUUGAAGCAGGUGGAUGCCGGCGGUGACAAGUUCCUGGCUGGAGUGAGCUCACAGGACAAAGUGGUUUGCCUGAGUCCGAGCUGUACAGAUUCAAAGUCUUCAAUCGUGACAUUUACUUCUCUGGAUGGAGCUCUGAAGUAUUACAGCUGUGGACCUUUCGGAUGCUGGGGGGUGAACAAUGUCAAUGAUAUCUUUUUCCGCAAUGAUGUGACCCCUGGGAAAUGUGACGGAAGUAAAUGGCAGCAGGUUGAGGGCAAACUGAUUAUGUUGGAGGUCAGCACAGAUGGAUCGGUCUAUGGUAUCCACCCUUCAGGAAGAGUGUACACAAGGGAGGGGAUCUCUGCAAAGACCCCCACUGGCUCGGUUUGGGUCAUCGUGGAUUUCUGCGCCACCUUCAAACAUGUGACUUACGAUGCCGGAUCCCUGUGGCUUCUGUCUCAAAAUGGAGACAUUUAUAAAUGUGUUGACGAAAAUGAGAAUACAAGUACUUGAUACAAGUGUAAAAACAUAAACAUCAAAAAGUCAGAUGACCAGAAAAUAAAGGCCGUUGCAGUUGUUUGGUAUAAUUUGAGACGUGGGUAGUAUUUUUGUGGGCUAUUUUUUAAAGCUUUUGGAAUCAAUGUUCCAUAUUACUUGAGAAAAUAAAUAUAUAUU